AUGUCCAAGAAAUUCUUGGCGAGAGGAUACCGUCCGGUACUCCUAAAAGAAGCUAAAACUAAAGCUUUGGCUUUAGACAGACAGCAACUCCUAUGUCCACAGAAAGAUCAGUCUCAGAGUGCAUGUAUUCCAUGGAGAGUGCACACAGGGGAGAGACCAUAUGAAUGCAAGGAGUGUGGGACAUUUUUUGUACAGAAGCAGCAUCUCCAGGCCCAUCACCGUACACACACCGGAGAGAAGCCGCAUCAGUGCGAAGAGUGCAGGAAAAGGUUUUCAUAUAAAUCAUAUCUUUCUACCCACAUGAGAACGCACUCGGAAGAGAAGCCAUAUAAAUGUACUGAAUGUGGGAAAGGAUUUACCACCAGCUCGCAUCGUCGUAGACACGAAGCUUCCCACACAGGAGCAAACCCCUUUCCAUGUUCUGAGUGUGAUAAAGCUUUCCCUACGAAGUCCCAGCUACGCAGCCACCAGAUUGUCCACACGGAAGAGAAGAACUUUGAGUGUCCAGAAUGUGAAAAAUGCUUCUCUACUUAUGGGAAUCUCAGCAGCCAUAAGCAGACGCACUCUGGGAAAAAGCCUUGUAAGUGCUCUCAGUGCGGGAAAGCAUUUGCUUGCAGAACCAAUCUUCGCCUCCAUCAGAAAUCCCACACAGGAGAAAAACCAUUUGCAUGUAACGAAUGUGCAAAGUGUUUUUCUAACAAAGCUCAUCUUGUCAGACACAUAAAAGUCCACACAGGACAGAAAUCCAAUAAAUGCAGCAAGUGUGGUGACUAUUUCCAGAAUGUGUCUGACCUCGCCCAGCACAAGAGAAGCCAUGAUAAGACCUAUGCGUGUACUGAGUGUGACAAACAUUUUAAACAGAACUGUCUUCUGAAGAAGCAUCAGAAAAUACACAUGGGAGAAAAGCCAUUUGUGUGUGCAGAGUGUGGGAAACGCUUUACACAGAAAGCCGGGCUGAUUUCACAUGAGCAGAGACUUAACAAGGGGGAGGAUUGUUUGAACUCCCCCGCUUCCAAGCCCCAACGCCUUGUCACCUUCAAGCACGGAGCCACGUAG